AUGUCAUUAGAGCAUGAGGAGCUGUUAAUGGACAAAAUAUCUGCCCAUGCAGAUGAUGAGUCGAAGCUCACUCCAGAAGAGAAAAACUUGAAAAAGCUCAUGGACUCGAAGCAAAAAGUGAUGGUUGACCAAAGUCGAUCGUUCAUGGAGACAUUAUUUGGUGACAAUUCCACACUUCCCGUUAAAAUAAAGAACGUCCAAGUCACAAACGCCGAGAAUUUCAGAGACUCUUUCUUGCUACAUCAACUACAGCCGUUGUUGAGUAAGGACUUGUACACCUUGGCAGACUUCUUCUCGAACUUAGAUGUGGUACAUAGGUCGCUUGUUAAGCACGAUAUCUUGGAGAACUGUGUUAUAUCCCUUCAUCAGUUACCUAAAAACAUGUGGACUAACUCUAGCCCUGCAACCGUGGACAUGGUGCCAGUGUUCAACAUUCUUCCCCAGAAGAGAUUUUAUGCGAAGACUGGUACCAAUAUUGGAAAUGGUGAAGGAGACGGAUACAUUCAGUUUCAGUUAAAGAAUCUCUUCGGUGGAGCAGAAAGUCUUGUGUUUGACGCUGUCACAGGAACAAAAACGCCGUCAUCGUAUCUAUUGAACUAUUCUCAACCAGUGUUUGAUGACGCUAAUUACUUACUGGAUACUCAGGUGUAUGUGAACACUAGAAAGAUCGAUUGGAUUCAGAGUAGUGUCACCACGCGAGGAUUCACCACUAAAGUGUCCACAAGGUAUGACUCCAAUCUAAAUUAUUCUGCUGCUUUUGAAACGAGUUGGAGAUCCUUGCAAAACCACAAUUCAAAAUCCAUGGAAGUAAUGUCGCAUCUGAAGGAUACUUUCAAGUCUUCAUUAAUCUUCAAUAUGAUUUACGACACGAGAGACAACCAUGUGCUCCCCACGGUAGGAAACUUCUUCAAGUUUGGCUUUGAACAAAGUGGCUUGUUUUCCUUUAAUAACAUCAAGUUCUCAAAGUUGAUUUGGGAAAGCCAAAGUGCUUUGAAACUCAAUUCCAAUCAUUCGCUCGUGUUCUCGAAUAAGGCUGGACUUCUAUUUGGAACAGGUAGUUCUGGCAGCAAUAUUCUUGACCGUUUCCAUAUCGGGGGUCCCAACGACGUCCGAUCGUUUCGUGUCAGUGGCCUUGGCCCGGUGGAUAAUGGCUCCGCUUUGGGAGGAAACUAUUUUCUUAAUGGAGGAGUUUCCCUCGUGAGUCAGAUACCAUGGGCCCCUAAAGACACCAACUUCAAAUUCCACAACUUCUUCAACUUUGGAAAGAUUUUACCAGCAUUGGGACAGCCAUCAUUUAAAUCGCUUGUGUCAGAACUUACUGGAACUUACUCAUCCAGUAUUGGAACGGGCAUUCUCUACAAUCAUCCCAUGGCUAGAUUCGAGUUGAAUUUUGUGUUACCAAUCACUGCACAUGCCAAUGAGUACGUUAGAAAAGGAAUCCAGUACGGAGUGGGUGUUUCCUUCUUAUAA